CGUGCGCGAUGUUCUAACGUGCGUUACGCUUCGUGAAAUGCGGAUUUCUUCUCCAAUUCGUGUCAUAUCUGCGAAUGGCAUGCCGAAAAAUAAGCCCUAAGCGUACUUUUCUCGUGUGAAAUUUGACUGCGCGAAGCUGCUCCCGUCGAUCCGUGGUUUAAGCGUUGCCGUCCAGUUUCGGUCAGAGACUACCCGUGGGCUGCACGCAGCGCAGCCGGGAUGACCCUGCAAUACGUUUGUCCCCUAUGCCCGUACGAGACGCGGGCACGGGGCAUCCUCUACCGACAUUUGCUCAUACACACCGGUGUCAAGCCGUACUGCUGCGAGAACUGCGGCCGCCGAUAUGCCCUGCCUGAAACACUGCUCGAGCACAUGGCGGCUCACCGCAGGGAGCCGCCGUACAAGUGCGGCCGAUGCACGAUGGCACUUGACCACUUCUCCGAGUACCUGAGGCACCAGGUGUACCACAUGCUCAAGAGCAUCCACCGCUGUUCAUUCUGCGGCGAGGGUUUCGUCUGGAAGCAGGCCCUCAAGCACCACUGCAAAACUCACAAGGAAGGCAAGCACCUUUUCCACAUGUUCUUCCGGAAGACCGCGGGAAGGCGGAGAACUCGGUACCAGGACGAGAAUGACAUGCCCCUGGACCUCAAAAUGAAAGUACCUGUCCAGGCGGGCAAGGGCUCUCGGGACUUCCCCUUGGAAAUGAAAGCCGGUAAUGGAUUGAGCAGGCUCGGCGAGCAGGACCGGUCGACUGGAUACACUCAGCAGCCCUCUCUGCAGCCACACCCGUUUGGCAACCUCCUGUCACCAGGUGGUCCAUCACUUCUUGACAGCUACUUCAAGUUCUACAUGUAUCCGCAUCUAGGUGCACCACUACCUUACCAGAAUGGUGCAAACCUGCUGUCGUCCGUGUUGCGUGCCUCACCCAACGGUCACGAGGAUGAGGAUGUGCUGAUGGAGGCUGGCCUCUACAUCUGCCGAGUUUGCGGCUGGCAGUUCACCAAGGUGAGCCACCUAACGGCCCACAUGUACAUCCACACUGGUCGCAGGCUUCACAACUGUGACAUCUGCGGCAAGAACUUCACACGCAAGGGCUCUUUGAAGCUGCACCGGCUGCAGCACCACGAGGCGAAACCGCACCAGUGUGACAUCUGCCACAAAACCUUCUUGCAGGCUCGUUACCUCCGUGCCCACCUGCUAGUCCACCGCCGGCAAGAGGCCACCUCAAGACCUCCGGAGCCAGAACCCGUGCCCAAGCGCCUGGAUGUGCCCGUGGUUUCACCAGUGUUCCAGGCUUCCUUCCAGAGCAUGCUUCACGCUCCGGAUAUGGGGCCGGCGGAACCGGAGGCUGCUGAGUCUCCCGAAUCGUCCGGCAAUGCUCCAUCGUCUGCUCACCGGUGCCCGAUUUGCCAGAAGGGCUUCUCGCAGCCAUACAAGCUGCGGCGCCAUUUGGUGAUUCAUGCCAGUCCCCGCAUCCACCAGUGCAACAUCUGCCAGAAGGUGCUGCCCUCGGUGACGGAGCUGCGCAGCCACAAGAAAUCGCAUGGCCGCACCAGGCAGCACUGCUGCGAGUACUGCAAAAAGGAUUUCUCGUGCUCGUCCACACUGCGGCGCCACGUGCGCAUCCACACAGGUGAGAAGCCCUACCAGUGUGAGGUGUGCCUCAAGCGCUUCUCAGACCUGUCCAACAAGAACUGCCACAUGCGCACGCACACGGGUGAGAAACCUCAUCGCUGCCAGGUGUGUGGUAUGCGGUUCUCCCUCAAAAAUGCCCUCAGCUGCCACAUGCGAAACCACAUGGUCUGAAUCGGGCCACUUGUGACGAGGGCAAGGGCUUGUCACACGCAACGAGCAUCACAUUCUACUCGAGGCCAGUAACAGUGCAGUAACGCUGUCCGCUGUAAGUGCCUUCACUCAGAGCAGCUUGCAAGGCCUGUUUGAUGAUGUACUAUGCUUUUUCUUUUGCUUGCUGGUCAGGGCAUCAUAGAAAAAAAAAAUCCUGAAAACACUCAUUCACUUGGCUAGCAAAGUACAUCUGGUGUAUUCUUUGGUAGCAGGGUUGGGGUCAGUAAGGGAGGCACCUUUUUAUGAAUUGUUGCAGACCGUGGAUCAAUGCCUCAGUUGCCGCCUUCUCUUUCUGCUGUCCUUAGAAAUAGACACAUCUCAGUUCAGCUUCUGAGAAACACUUGUGGCUCCUCCACAGCCCGCAAUGGUCUAACCUAGAUGCAAAUAUGCAGUAGGGUGUGCUUGGUGUUCUCUGAAGCUGCAUUGCGGUGCAAAAUUGUAAAUAUUACUAGACUUGCUCUGGGAAUAGUCUUGGUAGGACCGGAAUAUGCAAGUUCUUGAGCCAAGAUUCAUAACCUAUAUAAAUUAUAUAUUGCGCUUGGUGUGCACACAACAAUAACAGCCACAAUAUACUAAUCUAACAGGCUACUUGGUAACAAAUUGUUUCUUUCAAGCAGCAUUAGGUAUCAUGAUAAUUCUGACCACAUUGGCAUCAUUAAUGUUUUUCAA